CAAACAAAUCUGUCCCAGUCUGUUUACUAUUUUCGUUUGCGGCGGUUUCUCUAAUUCUUUACUAGACUCUUAGCUAAUUUCAGUAAUUUGCGGCUGACGUUGAGUUAAGCAGUAUUAAAGGGAAUAUUAGACUGACAACAAAUCUUAUUAUUCUGAAAACCCAGUCUUUGAAAUGUAGAAUCGAGCAUAGUUUUCCUUUGUAUUUCAAUGCUAGAAAAACAAGGGCUGUGGUUGCUAUGGAGAAGCUGAGGCGGUCAGGUCGGGGGUAGGCCAAAGCCUCGGCCUCGAGUGCCGUGAGGCGGCCGAAGAAGAGGCCAGAAGCGUCACAACUUGGAGAGACAGGGCAGGCAACAGGCAAAAAAAGGAGAAGAAAAGCACAUUUUAUUGGAAAAAGCUGUAAGAUUGGUGAAGAAUGCCUCCAAGGCCUUCCUCGGGAGAAUUAUGGGGCAUCCACUUGAUGCCUCCACGGAUCUUUGUGGACUGCCUGCUCCCCAAUGGAAUGAUCCUGACACUGGAGUGCCUCCGCGAGGCCACGCUCAUCACCAUUAAGCAUGAACUCUUCAAGGAAGCGAGAAAGCACCCCCUACAUCACUUGUUGCAGGAGGAGACCUCGUACAUCUUUGUCAGUGUUACCCAGGAAGCAGAGAGAGAGGAGUUCUAUGAUGAGACUAGGAGACUGUGUGACCUCAGGCUUUUUCAGCCAUUUCUCAAGGUCAUUGAACCAGUUGGUAACAGGGAAGAGAAGAUUCUCAACAGAGAAAUUGGUUUUGCUAUCGGCAUGCCUGUGUGUGAGUUUGACCUGGUGAAAGAUCCUGAAGUGCAGGACUUCAGGAGAAACAUUCUCAAUGUAUGUAAGGACGCUGUGGACCUCAGAGAUGCUGGUGGGCCUCACAGUCGGGCGCUUUAUGUUUAUCCUCCCAAUGUUGAAUCAUCACCGGAGCUUCCGAAGCACAUCUACAGCAAACUUGACAAGGGUCAGAUAAUUGUAGUCAUAUGGGUAAUAGUUAGCCCCAACAAUGACAAACAGAAGUACACACUUAAAAUCAACCAUGAUUGCGUGCCUGAGCAGGUGAUAGCAGAAGCCAUCCGUAAGAAGACCAGGAGCAUGCUUCUGUCACCAGAGCAGCUCAAGAUGUGUGUUCAGGAGUACCAGGGCAAGUACAUCCUCAAAGUGUGUGGCUGUGAUGAGUAUCUGCUGGAAAAAUACCCUCUCAGUCAAUAUAAGUACAUAAGGAGUUGCAUUAUGCUGGGUCGGAUGCCGAACCUGAUGCUGAUGGCAAAGGAGAGUCUGUAUUCCCAAUUACCCAUGGAUAACUUCACGAUGCCCUCCUAUGCCCGCCGUAUUUCCACCGCCACACCAUACAUGAAUGGUGAGGCCUCCACUAAGUCCUUGUGGACCAUCAACGGCACUUUGAGGAUAAGGAUACUGUGUGCAACAUAUGUCAAUGUAAACAUUCGAGACAUAGAUAAGAUCUAUGUGCGGACAGGUAUAUACCAUGGAGGGGAGCAGAUGUGUGACAAUGUAAACACACAGCGUGUGCCAUGCUCUAAUCCAAGGUGGAAUGAGUGGCUGCAGUAUGACAUGUACAUUCCUGACAUACCCUGUGCUGCUCGCCUUUGCCUCUCCAUCUGCUCUGUAAAAGGAAGAAAGGGAGCAAAAGAGGAGCACUGUCCACUGGCAUGGGGGAAUGUAAAUCUGUUUGACUACACACACACUCUAGUGUCUGGGAAAAUGGCCCUUAACCUUUGGCCUGUACCCCAUGGGCUUGAAGACCUGCUUAAUCCAAUUGGGGUCACAGGUUCCAAUCCUAACAAGGAAACUCCUUGUCUGGAGCUGGAGUUUGAUUAUUUCAGCUGUCCAGUAAAAUUCCCGGAUGUGGUGACCAUUGAGGAUCAUGCCAACUGGAUUAUUUCCAGAGAGCUGGGAUUCAAUUAUUCUCAGUCAGGCCUGAGCAACAGACUGGCACGGGACAAUGUUCUUAUGGACAGUGACUUGGAGCAACUCCGUCUGGUGUGUAACAGAGACCCUCUUUCUGAGAUCACUGAGCAGGAGAAGGACUUCCUGUGGCGUCACAGACAUUAUUGUGUAAAUAUACCAGAAAUUCUGCCCAAGAUUCUCCUUGCAGUAAAGUGGAACUCAAGAGAUGAAGUAGCACAGAUGUAUUACCUUCUGAAGGAGUGGCCAGCAAUAAAGCCAGAGCAAGCUAUGGAGCUGCUGGACUGUAACUAUCCAGAUCCAAUGAUCCGGGAUUUUGCUGUUAGGUGCCUUGAGAAGUAUUUGACAGACGACAAACUGUCUCAGUACCUCAUUCAGCUGGUUCAGGUCCUUAAAUACGAGCAGUACUUAGAUAAUCCACUGGUUCGUUUUCUGCUUAAAAAGGCUUUGACUAACCAGAGGAUAGGACACUUCUUCUUCUGGCACUUGAAGUCUGAGAUGCACAACAAGACGGUAAGCCAGCGCUUUGGCCUGCUGCUGGAGUCAUACUGCAGAGCCUGCGGAAUGUACCUGAAACACCUGAGCAGACAAGUAGAAGCCAUGGAGAAGCUCAUCAAUCUCACAGAUAUACUGAAGCAGGAAAAGAAAGAUGAGACACAGAAGGUACAAAUGAAGUUCCUGGUCGAGCAGAUGAGAAGACCUGAUUACAUGGAUGCCCUACAAAACUUCACAUCUCCACUGAACCCUGCACACCAGCUGGGCAACCUGCGGCUAGAGGAGUGCAGAAUCAUGUCAUCUGCCAAAAGGCCUUUGUGGCUGAACUGGGAAAAUCCUGAUAUCAUGUCAGAGCUUCUUUUCCAGAACAAUGAAAUGAUUUUCAAGAAUGGAGAUGACUUAAGGCAAGACAUGCUUACUCUCCAAAUCAUCAGAAUAAUGGAAAGCAUUUGGCAGAACCAGGGCCUUGACUUGAGAAUGCUUCCGUAUGGUUGUCUGUCGAUUGGAGACUGCGUGGGACUCAUUGAGGUGGUGAGGAAUUCUCACACCAUCAUGCAGAUCCAGUGCAAAGGUGGCCUGAAAGGGGCUCUGCAGUUCAACAGUCACACACUUCAUCAGUGGCUGAAGGACAAAAACAAAGGCGAAAUGUACGAUCUCGCCAUCGAUUUGUUUACACGAUCUUGUGCCGGAUAUUGCGUGGCUACCUUUAUCCUUGGGAUUGGAGACAGACAUAAUAGUAACAUCAUGGUGAAGGAUGAUGGACAGCUGUUCCACAUUGAUUUUGGCCAUUUUCUGGAUCACAAAAAGAAGAAAUUUGGCUAUAAACGAGAGCGGGUGCCAUUUGUCCUCACACAAGACUUUUUAAUAGUGAUAAGCAAAGGAUCUCAGGAGUGCACUAAAACCAGAGAAUUUGAGAGAUUCCAAGAGAUGUGCUACAAAGCCUACCUUGCCAUCCGACAGCAUGCAAACCUCUUCAUCAACCUCUUCUCCAUGAUGCUGGGCUCCGGCAUGCCUGAACUGCAGUCCUUUGAUGACAUUGCCUACAUCCGGAAAACUCUGGCACUGGACAAGACAGAGCAAGAAGCUCUGGACUACUUCAUGAAGCAAAUGAAUGACGCCCACCAUGGCGGUUGGACAACCAAGAUGGAUUGGAUCUUCCACACAAUCCGGCAGCAUGCUCUGAACUGAGGUGUGUUCGUGAGCGUGGACUCCAUCAGACUGCAGAAGGCAGCCCGCCGCAGGUGGCGCAAGCAAACUCUCAAAGCGGUGGAUGACACCAAGCCAACGGUGGAAUGCUGAAUGUUCAGUCCACAAUCUGAACAUACAAAAAACCCUGUUUUCUUGGGAAAAGAGAAUCUCAUCCUGUAGAUUUUUGGCAGAUGGUUACUGGUUUUGCCUGUGGUUUGAAGACGAGGGUGUUGUCCGUUCUUUCCCCAUCCCCCAACUCCCCAGGUAUGUGCUGCUUUUACCUGGGUUUCACCCAGGCCUGUGUUCUCAUUUAUGGCCUUUUGUAACAAAUAAACAGCUAAACAAGGAAAGAAUACAACAGAAACACUUACCUCUUUAAUUUUAAGAAGCUCUGGGGGUACAGAUGUCUUCCUAAAACUUUAAUGCCUUUAAAUAUGCACAGAAAACAUACUCCUGAGCAAAACAGGGUAUACUUUUGUUAUUCUAAGUUACUGGCCCAUUUGUUGUCCCAAAAAACACAACGGAAGUGCCCAGAUGUGGGAUUACUAUGCUGGUCGUAUACAGAGUUCUUUACUAAGAGACAUACUGUCGACAGUCGGCGUGGGCUGCAUUCGUCGUGCUGCUGUCCGGUUCUGCACCACUCGUGAGAGCACAAGCUGUCAGUGCUUCUCUUUCUGAGCCCACAGUGAAGAUUUAGUGAAGGAGAUGAAUGCUGAAAGUGCUAUUUAAACACUUGCUGUGUAGAAACUAAGCCUUAACUGAUGUGCAAUGAGAGUACGCCAAGGCCCAGUACGUCCAGCGCGCUGCAGAGAGAGACUGACCCGACAGACCUCGUCGGCAGGACACACACCCCAUCCAUCGUGUCCUGUCAAAUGUCUGCUGUAGUGAAUGUUUCAAAGUACAUUAAUGUAAGAAGGACCGAUCCCUGGUCUAGUGGCAGACAUAGCGAUUGUUUGAAACUGUUCAUCAUUUUGCUGAUAUGCAUCUACAUGAAUGCUGAUUUGCAGAAACGCUGGAAAACUAUAGGUACUUAAUUUAGGCCUAAUACACUAAAUUAAGUGGAGAACAGUUUUUUUGCCAGAAGGGAUUUGUGUUUACGUUUUAAAAUUUAAGUAUCGGGUUACCUUUUUUUUUUUUUUUAUGUUAUCUACAUUAUUUCCAAACACAGCAUUUACUGCCUCGUACUGUAACUCUCACAAGCUGGUAUUUGUACACUAGUCCUAAAGGUACAAUGAAGAGUACUCACUGACGCAAAGAGCUACUUAAUCUGUAGGCAGGAAUGCAAAUGACUCGGUUGCCGUGCAUUAACUUGAGUAAUAAGUGCUUUUGUUAGGAGAAUCUGGACUGUUUUGGUUUAGUAUAGGUACUGUACACUGCAGGAGCACCCAGGGCCUCUCCAUGGAAUUUGUUGGAACGACGUCAUCAUUCCACGACAACCUCAGUACAUAAUUCUGAGCACCUGGGCUGCCUUAAAUAUACCAGCCACACUCAGUUUGUAGUAAAUUAGGAUGCUCACAAAGGGAAUCUUUAAAAUUGUAAAUAAGAUUUAACUGUGUAUUAUUAUAUUCAGGAAUGUGGUCUGUUACAUAGCACUAAUCGCUGUUAUCUGCAUAGAUAAUGAUGAACCCAUUUUAUAUCUCCUCCUCACUUUUUAGUGUUUGUGUUUAAAAGCUUGCUUAUCAUUCUGACAGUAAUUAGAAUUUUAGAUUUAGUCUUUAAUGAAAUACUGGAAAAUGAAGCUGACACUCUCGACUGACAAAGUUAACGUGAAGCAGAGGCUCUCGAACAAGUUCUCUAUUAAGGUUACUUAUAAUUGAAAUGGGAAGGCACUGAAAACCUCACAUUUCUAAAUCUAAUCCUCCUUUCUGUAAAAAAAAAAAAAAAAAAAAAA